CCGAGAAGAGAAGAAAGAAAAUGCGAGAGCCGACGCAGCGCCCUGUGGAAACUUUAUUUCUUCAGAAUCAGAUAAUAUAUGCUGUGGUCAUCGUGACGAUCGUUGCUCCAAAAUAAGGUGAGCAGAAAAGCAUUUCUGUAAACUUGCCCUAGCCCUCUGGAUCUGCUGCUCUUCCUUUGACCUCUCUGACGACUCCCUGCUCCUCCUAUGGACGCUUGGUCCGACAGCGUACCAACGCGUUGGGAAUCCCAUCUCCACAUGACCGCACUGGCUUCUCUCAUCUCUCAUAACAGAGCUCCCUAAAUGUUGACAGUUUGACUCUGUGGUGGCGUCAGCCAUCUUUUAUGGCGUGGGUUGUCAUGAUUGCUGUUUUUCUAGCUGAGAUGGAGAUUAGAUACGCUCAAUUACACAAAACCUAAGCAAAUUAGCGCAAAUUACCUAUGAAUAACAAGCCCCCACAAUGCAGCUCAAAAAUUGAGUCCAACCCGGAAGUACCAAAAAUUGCAGUUCCACCCUCAUCCACUAGGGGCUGGUGUCAGAAGCGAGCAAAUCCUCAUUGACUCCCAUGUUAAAAAUACCAAUUUCACAGCAGAAAUAAACAUGUUUACAGCCUGGUACCAAAACAUGUUUUUUGUUUAAAUGAUCUAGUUUACACUCAUGACAACUCUGAGGGGGGUGAAUUUUUUUCUCACUCUUCUGUUUAAGUGUAUUAAAAGCCUAAAAUUCUGUAUAAUUACUGAGCAUCAGACCCACGUGACCACAGAGAGGCCUCAGUAGAGCCUCCUGCUCCGAGAUUUUGAGUCUCUGUGUUUGUGUAUUCUUUUUUGGAUAUUUUUUAUGCAAUUGUUGGACAAAAUGACUUGCUGUGGCAUUAAUUGCACUAAUAGAGCGUCCAAGGAGUCUCCACUUCAUUUUUUUCGCUGUUAGCUAAACACGGCUAAAGAAAACCUGCUACCACUUCAGGAUCAUCCAUCAGCUGGGACUGCUUCAUCGGGUUUACUUCACCAUCUGGAUCUGGACAGCAUGGAUACAGACGUUCAACUGGUGGUUAAAGAAGAAGCUCCUGAAGAACAGAGUGCUAGUGUGGACCAGCAGGACGCAAAUCUCUUCCACCUAAAGGAGGAACAGGAGGAACUCUGGACUAGUCUGGAGGAAGAGCAGCUCCAUCUGAAGGAGGAAACCGACACCGCCCGGUUUCCAUUCACCGUAGUUUCUAUUAAGAGUGAGGAUGAUGAAGAGAAUCCUCUGUUCUCAGAAGUUCAUCAGCAGCAAGUCAAAGACAGAGAUGUUCUGUCCAGUAGCUCAGCUGACCAGAUGACCGCUAAAACUGGAGGAGGAGCAGAAACAAGCAUGAACACAGAUCUGAACCCUCAUGAACAGACAUGCGAUUCUUCAGAGACUGAAGUUAGUAAAGAAGAGGAAGAAGAUGUGAACAGAGACUCCGAGCUAUCAGACUUUGGGUCUGAAACUGGAAAAGAAGAAAAUAACUGGAAUGAGACCUGGCCUUCUGAGUCAGAUGUUAAGACUGUUAAAUCAUUUAGCUGCCCUGAGUGUGGUGAACAGUUUCCCCACGAGUGGACUCUCCAGAAACAUGUGAGAGUGACAUGUCAUUCAGCAAUACGGUCUUCAGGGUGUUUUGUUAAGAAAUGUGCUCCGAAAGUUCAGAAAGAGCAAAAACCAUUUGGCUGUGAUUACUGUGGAAAAAUGUUUAGGAGAAAAGCCUUUUUGAACAACCACGUGAGAGUCCACACAGGACAGAAACCUUUUAUUUGUGAGCUCUGUGGACAAAGCUUUAGCCAAAAGUCCACUUUAAACAGUCACAUGAGAGUCCACACAGGAGAAAAGCCAUUUUCUUGUGAGCUCUGUGGACAAAGAUUUAGCCAUAGGAAAAUUUUAAACAGUCACACACGAGUCCACACAGGACAGAAGCCUUUUGCUUGUGAGCACUGUGGACAAUUAUUUAGACAUAGGUCAACUUUAAACAGGCACAUGACAGUCCACACAGGUCAGAAGCCUUUUGCUUGUGAGCACUGUGGACAAAGAUUUAGCCAGCUGACAACUUUAAAUCGACACAUGCGGAUCCACACAGGACAGAAACCUUUUGCUUGUGAGCUCUGUGGACACACGUUUAGCCAAAAGACAACUUUAAACAGACACAUGAGUGUCCACACAGGACAGAAACCUUUCACUUGUGAGCUCUGUAAACAAAAAUUCAGCCAGAAGACACAUUUAAUCAAACACAUGAGUAUCCACACAGGACAAAAGCCUUUUGCUUGUGAGCUCUGUGGGGGCAGAUUCAGACAUAAGAUAAGUUUAAACCUUCAUGCAAGAGUCCACACAGGACACAAAGGACUAAUUUAAUUACACAAGUACCAAAGGGACUCUUGCCAUUUUUACAUCCUAGAUGUAAAAAAUAUAGGAGAUAUGUGUUUUUUAGCAACCUAAAUGACUUUAUUUUGUAUUUAUUUUUUAAAGUGGGGGGAACCGCAUAUAUCAGUAUUGGUUUAUAUCGCUAUCAGAAAUUUGGAGUUAGACAAUAUCAAGCAUCCCCACUUAUAAGUGGAAAUUAGUCCUUAGCCUGUACGGUUCGUCACUGGACAUGGUGCUUGCUGGCUGGUCACUUCACGUAUCAGCAGCGAAUCUGACAUCCCAAAAGCGGGAAACUUUGUUCUAUGGUUGUAACUACAACCUUCACACACUAGAUUUUGCUGUGGUGUUUGUGUUCCAUAUUCAGUCGUUAAAGGGUGAAACUAUCAUAUGAGUGAGACUCAUUAAACGCAAAGCAAGAUAUUUCAAACUUGUCGGUUAUAUGGCUUACAAUUUAUGAAAAUCCCAACAUUUUAAAUCUCCGACAAUUAGAAUCGUGUCGGAUGGAUGUUCGGAAUGUCAGAUUUUCUGAAUGCUGGAUGGAUAUUUGGAAUGUCUGAUAUCUGGAAUGUUGGUUGGAAUAUUGGAUGUUCAGAAAAUCGUAUGUUCAGAAUGUUGGAUCUUCUGAAAGUUGAAUAAAUGUUUGGAUUGUCUGAUGUUAAGCAUAUCAGAUGUUCGGACUGUUGGAUGAAUGCCCAGAAUGUUGGAUGGAUGGAUGAUUGGGAUAUCAAAUGGAAGGUUGGUCAAAAUGUUGGAUAUUCAGAUUGUUGGAUAUUCAGAAAGUCUUAGAUUCAUAAUGUCACUGGAUGUUUGGAAUAUUGGAUAGAUAUGUGGAAUGUUGGAUGUUUGUAAUAUCAGACAUGCAGAAUAGUUGGAAUGUUGGAUACUUUGGAUGUCAGAUGGAUGUUCGGAAUGUUGGAUAUAUGGAUAGCUGGAUUAUUGUAUGGAAGGAUGGUGGGAUUGCCAGAUGCAUGUUCAGAAAAUCAGAUGUUUGGAAUGUUGGAUGUUCUUUAAGUCACAUAGAUGUUAGGAAUGUCAAAUGGUGUUUGGGAUGUUGGAUUUUCAGAAGGUCUUAUGUUCAGAAUGUUGAAUGGAUAUUCGGAAUGUCAGAGGUAUGGAAUCAGGGCUUAAUUUGAGCCGAAUCUUGCCGGAACAAGAUCCGGGAACUAUUUUAUUUUGAAAGGACCUUUCCGGCAACUGUCUGCUAGGAUCCGGCAACUCACGUGACCAACUUGUGCUAUACGCAGGAUUUGAAUUACAGGUGAGCUAAAGGGAGCUCCUAAAAGCCCUCAACACGCCCAGGGGGAGCUUGAAACGAUCCUGGUUCUACUUAUAUUACAUUAUCUAGGUGGACUCUCCAGGGAUUAUUUUGAGCUGUGAGGCGCAGAGCUCUGAUUGUUGACGCGCUCCAGACAGAUGCAUCCUGAGCACGGCCACAGUAACAUUAUCAAAGUGUCGCCUCCUCAAAAACAAAAUUACCACGCAAUCGUUCAUGUCGGCUCAUUUUCUUUUAUGUUUUCUGUCUUUUAUUUGUGCCUGAUGUGUUUCGCUGCUGUGGAGCGGAGCGCAUCACCUGUUUUGUCCACCGGUGACUUCACCGCACCGGUGCGGCCGGCGAGCACUCCACUGUUUAUGCGGUCGGUAGAUUUUUUAGAACUGCAGUUCAAAGGUAACUCAUAAGGUGAAUAUAUAUGAACCCAGGUAGCAGUUUUUCUUCAGAUAAUAAAGAUAAUAAACUGACAGGACAGAAAAAUAGUCAAAUAAAAACAAGUUAGUUUUUGUACCUGGUGAUUGCAACAAGCAGACACCACUGAAGGUAAUCAGAAGUGAGGAACAGAAAAUGAAAUAAUUAUUUUAAUGUUUAGAGCAGCAGGAACUCUGAGAGGCUGCAGGCGCAUCAGUGAGUUUGCGGCCGCUGUGCAGGGGGAGGGGGUGGCCAAGCAGGGGAACAGUAAAGAUGCAAAAACUACCGAUGUUGAAAGAGAUGCCUUAAUUUAGAAAAUGUGGGGACAAAUUUAAUGACACCCCCCCACCCCC